UGCUUGGGUCCAGACGACCAAGAAACAUAUCUUGGUACACCGAUAGGCGGAAAAUUGCGGUUCCGACCACCAACUGACCUUAUCCCUAACCUUGACAAGAUUGCCGCCUCCAACCUUGCACCACGGCAAAAACUUGAAAUUUUCCGUAGUCACCUUCUUCCCUCCCUUUCCCAUCACCUCGCUUCGGGUCGGGUUCUGAAAGAUUCCCUUACCCAACUGGACACUGAGUGCAGGAAGUUCCUAGGCCUUAUUUGCAACUUACCCAACCACGCAACUGUCCCCUUUUUCUAUGCAGAUCGGCGGGUUGGGGGCCUAGGAACAUGCCGCCUCACUGAUGAUGCUGAUAUCUGGACCAUCGCCAGAGCUGCUCAGCUCUUCACUUGUAGAGAUCCUACACUUCCUCUUCGGGGGCACUCGUGGUUUUGCUCUCAGGAGCAGGAUACGAGUUGUCGACGAUGUGGGAAGGAAAACGAGACUGGGUAUCACGUUCUUAAUCACUGUGAAGAAGGUCUCCAGUUAGCCACCAAGAGGCACAACACCGUCCAAGAUCUCCUGGAAACGCUGCUUGUCAAGCAAGGCCACGAUGUCACUGUCAACAAAGCCAUCCCCGGGCAACGCCUAAGACCAGAUGUUGAAUUAACAUUAUCUGGUUCCCGGGUGAUGGUUGACGUCGUGGUCUGCUAUGACCAACCAGGGAGCAUGGAGAAUGCCUACCAGCGAAAGAUUGCUAAAUAUUCUUCCCUUGGUAGGAUUCUCCCCCUGGUUAUCGGGUCCCUUGGAUCAUGGAACCCCAGGAAUGAAGAAAUUCGCUCGAUACUUGGUAUCGAUGGACGGUCCUGGGGUGCAUUUCGAUUCAAGGCCCGAUUAGCAGCAAUCCAGGGAUCAAUGGAAAUGGUGUGUGCCCACUUCCACUACGGUGCAACAAACCCCGAAGACGAGGAAAACCCCCAAGUCCCGUAGA